UUACGCAGCGAGUUUUGAAAGCACAAAGAGAACCGGUGGUUUUUUUAGAAAUAUAUUUAUUGAUUUACUAUUUCUGAACAAUGAGUUCCAAAAAGAAGGGGGCAGCCACACCCACCAGCAGUACGAAGUCAAAGAGACAGAUAAACUAAUUCUUUAAAAAAAAACUUAGGUGAGGCUUGCUUAAAAGGGAGAAACAAGAGGUUCUCAUCGUGUAAUAAAAUAAUAUGCUACAUCAAUGUUCAUCUCAUGAUUUAUAAUUUUAGGUGAAUACAACAACAAAUUAUAUGCGUUUCGGACCAUUUGCCUCGCCGUGGGCCUGAUUAAUUGUUCCAUACAAAUACAUAUAUGUAUAUAUAUAGUAUGUGCAACCAUAUUGAUGGUUGUACCUAAAUAUACAUAAGUUGCAAUCUUCGUUACUAUUCGAUUCUGCUUAUACUGAUGGCCUACAUGAAUAUAUUUUAAAGAUAGGUCGAAGUUUUUAAAAUUUAGUGUUCUGAAAUAUAAUAUUACAAACUAACUCAAGCUUCGUACAUUACAUCACCAAUAGAUUAUGGAUAACGAAAUUAUCUAACUAAAUCCUGUAUCGUUUCAUAUGAAUUAUUACUGCAUAUGUGUAUCAAAUGCACUGAGCGCUAAUAAAUUUUCAAGUUAUUUUAAUUAUUUGAAUCAUAAAAUGGCCCACGGCGAGGCAAAUGGUCCGAAACGCAUAUAAUUUGUUGUUGUAUUCACCUAAAAUUAUAAAUCAUGAGAUGAACAUUGAUGUAGCAUAUUAUUUUAUUACACGAUGAGAACCUCUUGUUUCUCCCUUUUAAGCAAGCCUCACCUAAGUUUUUUUUAAAGAAUUAGUUUAUUUUUUUGUUUUUAAGUCUCUUUAAGUUGUCAUCAAUAAUAGAUACCAAAUUAAAUCUCAUUAGCCUGGAUGCGUUACAUAAUAUGCAAUUAAUUCUCCAGUGGGUGUGAAUGCGUGGAACACCAAAUUAAAUUCCCCUAUCACCCGUGGACUAAAGGGCAAGAAAUGCAUCAACAUCAUACAUACAUGUAUUUUGUAUAUACACACACUUAGAAAUCUGGUAUAAUUGAAAUCUCAGUGGUUCCUAUUGCUUGCAAUACGAUGACGCCAGCGGUCUAGCUCCGAUUUUGACGAAAACACGAUAAUUAUGUAUCCUUAGAUAAAUGAUUAAACACGUGUUUCAGGAUUUUUCGUAAUGCUCAUCCUUAGUUUAAACAAAGUUAUGAUGGAAAACGUGAAAGAGAAUUUGCAUUUUCACCGUGAAAUUUUUCUCACAUGGGAGAAAACGAAACAUGAUUACGUCAGAGCAUUAGUUAUGAAUACCAUUUUUGUAGUCAUUUCUGAAUACCGCUUGGUACUAUUUUAAUACUGGAUUUCUAAAAGUGCAUACAUGUACAUACAUAUUUACAUGUUUAGAUAUUUGCAUAUGUAAGUGCAGAGCUUACAUGUUUCUAUUGUGCUGGUUGCUAAUAGAAACGAGUAUUUGUUAUAAGUAAUGAAGAAACAUUACAAGCAACGUAACUGGCUGCAGAUGCUACCAAGAAAACUUUUUCAUUUCUUGUCCGAUUUCGCUCGGGUUUGUUUUAAAUGACGCGUUAUAGAUUUCCGCACAUUAAAACAUGGACGAGUCACAACCUUUGCAUGGGAAAAGUGAAUUUGCCAGUCGUUUGAAAGUUUAAAAUCGAUUUAAAAUGGGUUAAAAUAAGAUUGUCAAGUCUCUAGACCUGACGGGCAUCAUCUACCCAGCAAGGUCUACACGAUUGCCUUUUACACCAUUUUGAUACGAUUAGCCGUUUUGCCACAAUCUUGAGUGGAAUUUUGGGAGGGGGGGUCUGUUUGCAUACUUAGGCUUCGCCGUAACCAUGCAUUUUUUCAAGAGGUCAUGGUUACUAUGCCUCACCUAAGAAAAAGAGAUGAAAUUGAUGAGAUGGAAAUGGAACAGGAUGAAGAGAAAGUCUUCCGCUUUUGUAAACCAGAUUCGGAUGAGGAUGAUGAUGAUGACACGUCGACAAGACGAGAGUGGAGGAUGGUGGAGAGCAAGGAACGAUAUUCAAAGCCUCCUCCCACAAAUCCAACCCACAGAUAUGUAAAUAGGACAAUUCAGACAAGGGAAUUUGAUAAUAAUGGUGAUCCUAAGCCAGUCCCAUCAUGGUGGAAGAUAACAAAGGUGUUGAGGACCGAGAAAAAGAUGUCAAGAAAGUCUGAGGAUAAAGGUGAUAACAAGUUGUGGCAACUUUAUUGCAAGUUAGCCCGAGAGGAGAAGGAACAACCGAUGGAUGUUGGCUCACAAACUUCAGAUAAGUCGGAUAAAUUGACACCCCUCACCCCAGAAGUAAUCACUACCACACACGGCCCACUUACUGCGGCAGAACGGACAAAAGCAGAGGAUAAGAUAAAAGCUGCUGGGAAAGAAGGGUUGGAGGUCCCAGGGACAAAGAACAGAGUGGUUUAUAAACCACCAGACACCCGUCCACAAAGUUUGCGACCCUGGGGAUUAUUCGCCAUUUUGCCUAGUGGUCAUUGGAUUUGUUCAGCUGACCCCAAUUGUGUGAAUUACAACAAAAUUACGAUGGAGGCCUCUCCGAAAUGUAAUAUCCACAAAGGAGUAGAUGUUGGAUUUGUUUUGGGACAAUUUACAGAUGCAAAGAACAAGAAAAAUGAAGUUAUCCUUCAUGUCAUCGCGUCGUUUAUUUUUACUGCUGGGGAUGAACAGGGAAAGGAAAGUAUUGCAACAGACGCCUUGAAAACACAGAAUGCCAGCACACCGAUCGGGGAUGGUCGAUAUAUAAAACCGAAAGGGCUGAUUUAAACAAACCAACCCCAGAAUUGACGGAGAUAAAAGAAAGACGUCGCUACUUCUCAGAUGAAAAUGAAUUGAUGAAGGUUUACACUGCUAGACAAACUACAACACUCUUUAAGAUGCUUUUGUGGCCCGACACAACUAUUAAAGUAAUCUGUCUGAAUAUGAUGAUAAACCUACCCAAUACUGCCUACAAAGAGUUUCGUGAAGAGAUGAAUUUUCAAGGAAUGGAAUUAAGAGUUCAUGACAAGAUUAAGUCAAAAGAUGCAGGGAUGGAAGCUGGGAUGGAAAUACCAUUUAUCCUUAAAGCAAAUGCUGGAGAAAGUCUUGGAUCUCUUCUAGAAAGGGGGAACAAGGUUAAAGGUGGGGCAGAUAACAACAAACCCAAGAAAAGUUUAAAACAAGAAGAAAAAGUCGCAGCAUUAUAUUUUGUGUCCAGCCCAUUCGUAAUUUAUGCUGGCCAAGCUCUUAAAUUAGAUGUGCAUCAGAGGACAGACGCCGCAGCCGACCCAGUGGUGGACUAUAAAAACAACAAAGGGGAUCAUCCCGAUCCUCAAAUUGUCCCUAUCGGAAUAGUUCCUACAGAAGAGAGAUAUCGUUGGGAGUUCCACCUCCACAUUUGUUCAUUAUUGGCGUCUCUUUUCCAGCUACCAAAUUGUAUUAAUGCAAGCGAGUACACUGCUCAAGCUCAUCCUCUCUCUCUGAAUAAGCAAACUAAUUCUACAUUUAUUGAUAAAAAGUCAUGGGACAUCAUCAAUGCCUACAUGAUGAAGAAUUUCAAGAUGGAUGUGUAUUUGGGACCGAAGGGCGUCAAUUAAUUAAUAAGCACAGGCAUUUUAUUGUCAUUUAUAAAAGUUGUAAUAAAAUCAUCCGAAUCAA